CUAAGCUAUCAAAUUUAGUCAAAAGGCUGGAUACAGAAGAUGUCUCUCCCAUGGAGUCCUUUUCUCCUUUGGCUAUCCACUGCUGAGCCUAUGCGCCAUGGACGUGACCGCUGUCUCGUCGAGCUCUGGACGAAGAUCAUCACCCUCGCCUGCGCAGACAGGGGAUACACAGGCCGCUCCCUCUCUCUCGUAUCCCGUAUGAUGCGAGACAUUGUGGAACCUGUACACUUCCAAUCUGUCUCGCUCGUCCAUGAAGAGCAACUGCUCGCCUUCUCAAGCCUGCUCUAUGCCCGUCGGCGCUCCCCGCCUGUGACCCGCCACCUCUUCGUAUUCGUCAGGGUCAGCUAUCGGAGCCGAAGGGCAGCGAAAUUCGAGAGUUUGCGCCGGACUAUCCACGACAUUGUCUCUGUAGCUGCGCCGAAUUUGGAGAGCCUCGUCGUGUACGGAGCCAGAUCUGACCUUGCGUCCUCCGGCCUCGUGUUCCCCGCUCUCCGCGACCUCGUGAUUGGCGGCCUGCAUUCCACCCCGAGAAUGCCUCCCGUUUCCCUUCCCUUCGCCACUUACAUAUCCGCCCAUUCUUCAGCCGCCCUGGCUUCUGGUCGGUUAUCGCGCGCUCUGCCCCGUCUCUCACCCACCUCCGACUCUCCUGCCUCUCCAUGAACCCAUAUGUCUCCCCUUUCCUUCGUGUUCUUCUCGACAUCCCUAUAACUGGGGAAGACGCUGAAAAUAUACCAGGCGCGGCGGCCAUCGCGGCCAUCGCGAAGAAGUUGCCGGCGCUGAAGCAAAUUAUUGCGCAACCCUACAAGAAGGACUUCUCUGAUAGAAGAUUGUUUUCACUCGCUCAGAAGCACCCCUCGAUGAAGAGCGAGCUGCACAGCAUUGUAAAUGUGUCCGCUCGAGGGCAUGGCAACGGGAAGCUUUACCUGUUGCCCGAUAGCGAAGCGUAUGACGUUGACGAGGCUCAAAGGGACUGGCUGGAGCUGAUCGAAGGUGGUGACGGGCCCUGGUCUGCUGACACAGAAGAAUAUGCCUCCGGUUCGCCUACCCAUGACUAGGAGCACAAGGUAUGUGGCGGGUCGUAACGACUAUAGUGAGUAUAUGCAGGCUUCGCACGUUCGUGCUUUAACAGCUAGGUUUCAUUGGUCGGGCACUUGGCUUCCACCUGGUCCUGUGAAAGGUGCAUAACGAAUAUCUAGGAGUCGAAAAAUUAUGAUAUGUUCUCAGAGUCGUUUGAGUACAGCAAGGUCCC